CGCCGGCCGACCUCCGCGCCACCUGUCGCAUGGUCACGCCGCAUUCAUUGAAAACCCGCCCGGACUGUUGUAUUGACGCACGCGCACUGAGGCCCAACAAAGGGCCGAAAUAAGAACGGUUUGCAAGUGAAUCUGAUGUAUUUAUGUCAUAAAAAUGGUGAAAUCUGUGAAGUGGCGAGCAGAAAUUAGGAUAUUCGACGUGUCGAAUCAUGACCGAGGCAUCUGAAAAUGCCUACUUGGUGCGCGUGCGCGCGCAGGUGAUGUGCCGCGACGAAGGCACGGGCGGCUGGAUGGCGCUGGGGGGCGGGGGGCUGGCUGACGUUAUGGUGUGCCGCCGCGGACCCGCAGACGCAGAGAUCACCAGCGAGUCCGCGAGCGCAUCGCACACCGAGUACUACAUCCACGGCAGGAGAAUCAGCGACAACGUUCUCGUACUGGAUUGUACAGUGAAGGACGACUUCCAGUACCACAAAGUAAUGCCCACAUUCCACCAUUGGGUGUCGGACGAGAAACGCUUCGGGCUGACGUUCCAGACCGCAGCCGACGCGCGCGCCUUCGACAAGGGAGUGCGCACCGCUGUCAGCGAGCUGUACCGUCUUGGCGGUGCCUGGCCAUCAAUGUACGGAUACAAAGGGAAGGUCAAAAGCAAGGAGGACGAUGAGGAAAAUAAUAUAUUCGAAUGCCUCAACCUGCCGACGGACUCUCGCUCCAGCUCGGAGAACUCGACCGCCAGCCGCGUGCGCCGCGCCGACGAGCUCACGCAGACGCCCAUUCUGUCCGCCAUCACACUGCCGCAGCAUCCACUGUCGGAAUCUAUGAACUUGCAGUAUGAGGACAAGGACGACUCGGAAGGUGACAGAUGCCCUUACGUACAUCUCUCCGCUGUGCACGAGUACACUUACCCACAAGUGGGACCUGGCGGCGUCAUCACUUCGGAGAAGUCCUCGCCCAACACCAAGCCGCCGCUGCUCAAGCGAGACUCCGGCUCGAUAAAGAAGUGUAGCUACAGCGGACCCCCGCCGCUGCCGGACAAGAACCACCCCGCCAGCCCCACCUUCCAGGCGAGGCUCAAGUGCAGACACUGUCACGAGUGGUACUUGGAGAGCGCGAACCGCGCGGGCGCGUGCGAGUACGCGCCCGACUGCUUCAAGUCGUGCAUCGAAUGCGUGUCCUGCAUCAAGUGCGCGCAGUGCAUGCUGUACCAUUGCAUGGCGGACGCGGAGGGAGAUUUCGCGAUGCACCCCUGCACCUGCGCCCCGGCCGACGAGGCCUGCGCCAAACGAUGGCUCUGUAUAACUCUGCUGUCUUUCCUGGUGCCGUGCCUCUGGUGUUACCUGCCGCUGCGGUGCGUGCACAAGGCGGCGCGCGCGGCCAAGAUCGCUGGCGGAGUGCACGCGCCACACAUCCACAAGUAAACGAACGUUCCACUGGCCACUACACAAGUAAACGAACGUUCCAUUGGCCACAUACACAAGUAAACGAACAUUCCAUUGGCCACACACAAGUAAACGAACGUUCCAUUGGCCACACACAAGUAAACGAACGUUCCAUUGGCCACUACACACCACAUACACAAGUAUACAGACGUUUGAGUGACCAUAGACACACAAGUAAACGAACGUUCGAGUGGUGAUAAACACCCAAGUAAAUAAACGUUUGAGUGGUCAUAUAUACACAUGUAGACGAACGUUCGACUGGCCAUAGAUACGCUAGUAAACGAACGUUUCAGUGGCCAUAAAUACACAAGUAAACGAACGUUCCAGUGGCCAUAGAUGCACAAGUAAACGAACGUUUGAGUGGUCAUAGAUACACAAGUAAACGAACGUUCAAGUGGCCGUAGAUACACAAGUGAGAGAACGUUCAAGUGGCCAUAGACACACAAGUAAACAAACGUUUGAAUGGUCAUAGAUACACAAGUAAACGAACGUUCGAUUAGCCAUAGAUACGCAAGUAAACAAACGUUUGUAUGGUCAUAGAUACACAAGUAAACGAACGUUCGAGUGGCCAUAGAUAUACAAGUAAACGAACGUUCGAGUGGCCAUAGAUACACAAGUAAACGAACGUUCGAGUGGCGUGGAAGGAACGUUCAACUGGCCACAAUUAGCUGAGUACAUUAUGUCACAUGCAAAAUUGGUUGUGAUUGACAUGCAUUUUAAAUUGACAGUUUAUGGAGAUUUGACAAUUAUUUGAGAAAUAGGUAAACUGAAUAUUAAGUUUGUUUAAUUAACUAAUAUUUUUUUUGAAAAUUUAAACCUGAGAAUUUAUAACAGUUUGAAAUACUAGUAUUUAAGCAGAUUAUUUUCGAAUAUUUGAUUUGAAACUUUCUCAAGUAAUUGAAAUUACUUUGGAAAAUAACAUUCCAAUGCAUAACAACUAUCAAGUAAACUUUAAUGAAAAUCACAUAAGAGAGCACGUAAUUUUUUUUGCAAAUAAUCGUAAAAGCAACAUAAUAUAAAUAAAAGAGUAUAAAAAAAUGAACAAUGCACAAGUGGCUAAAAUUGUAGUAAAACAUAAUGUACUAUAGCACAAGUGGCUGGGAUUGUUGAAAAAAAUGGUGGAUUUAAAAAAUAAAGCAAUGACGCCAAGUUGGAACGAUUUUGAAAAGAAGAUGACUUUUUUGUUUUGCACAAAUUUUUGAAAUUACGCUGUCCAGUGUUACAAAAUGAUGGCAUAAACAAUCAAGAUACAUGAAAUCCAGUUAAUGUGAAUUAUAUCAAAAUAUUUUUAUUCUGAACUUAGAAAAUUGAUUUAACCUUGUAUUUAUUAUAAAAAAAAGUUUACUACACAACACAACUGUAUUUAAAAUGAUAUAUAUAAAAGAAUCUUCAAGAGAAAAAUUCUAUAAAAUGAGAAAAAAUCUAUUUAAACUAUGUAUUAUUGACUGUAUUUUUUUAGUGAUUUAGAUUUUAUUCUAUAUAAUUUUUACAAUACUGAAAAGAGAUGUACGAACUAUCCGAUAGUAAUGGUAACAGUUACUGAAAAAGAAUAUAAAAUGAAUGAUUAUAUCAAUAUUUACAAAUUUUAAAACAAUUUUACUGAUGUGACGAUGUGGAGAUUUUUUUGUCACUGAGAAAGCUAUUUAAAAAAAAAAAGUUUUAUAUGUGUAAUAGUUGAUAGUCACAAUUUUAAAAAUUUAUAUAUUCAUUGAAAAAAAAACGUGAGUGUUGAAAAAAACAGUGCGGUGCAGUGAAGGUUUUUAUGAACAAAAUGGUGGUGUUGGACAUUUUUUAUAACGGCAACACCGGCGAGGGUAGUACAGAUGGAACACUGACUCAAUUUGUGGUGUGGCAACAUAUAAAAUGUGGAACUUUUAGUGUUAAAUCACAUUUUUAUACCAGUAUUAAAAAAAAACAUGUGCGACAAUGUUGCCACUGUAAAUGUUCGGAAUUAUAUAAUAUUUAUUUAAGAAAAAAUUGAUGGUGUUUUUUGAAAAUUAAACUAACGAAUUCUGCUUCUUAAUUCGCCAUGGUUUGCGUGCACUUAUUUAAUAUAUAACGUGCCAUAUAUAAAGCUUCCGUUUUUUGAGAACUUGGGUGAAUUGUGAAAAAAAUUGGAUAUAUAUAUUUUUUUUGCUCGUCGUUACAUUUUCGUAAAUUCUAUUUAUUCUAUAGUAGAAUACAAAUUAUAUGUACAAGUUAACAUAAUUAUUGUACUGUCAAUGUUGUUGUGUUUAAUUGUAAUUAAUUGUGUUAAAAUAAUUAAUCUACCUUCAAACUACAAAAAUUACAUGCAUUUAUGUUUUGUACCGAAACAUUUAGGUGCACUGUAUUUAAAAAAACAUCAUUAUUAAGAAAGUAUGUUUGUAUUUAUGUAUGUGUUGGUAACCUAAAGGUCUUUGGUAUUAUGAUUAUCAGUUCUGGUAAAUUUUGAUAUUUAGGUUUUUUAAAAUUUAUCUAGGUCUGGUCUAGUAAAGCCUUAAUCCUAACCAAACUACCUGCAAUGAGAGCAACUGAUUUAGCGUACCGGUACGUACGUUGCGUAGAAACUAAUCAAGAGAAAUAGGCUGAACAAACCAUUAUUACUAUUUCUAAAUCAAUUCACUUAACAGGCGGUUUUUGAGAAUUUUUCAACGUGUAUAGUUACAUUAUAUAAUAAUACAUUUAAUUUAAGAUAUUUUAUUAAUCCUAAAAUAUGUAAAAAUAAUUGAUUUUUACUGAUUUAGGCAAAUAAUAACUAAUAUUUUGGACAUUUUCCGCUGCAUUCGUAAGUAAAUCGGGAACAUUUUCUUUAAAAGUUUGAAGUUAGAUUAAAUCGUUACGUACAAAUUUUGCAUUUCUCGAAAGAUCUGUUUUUUCUCAUUUUUUUUAACAUAUACGGGUUUUGUAGAUAUGGAAUUUUGAAUUGCUAUUUUUUAAUGAUUCGAUUUUUUACUUUUUUUUAUUGAAGAGUGAAAAUAUUUAAUCGAAAAUUAUUCGUAAUGUCACUUUGGACGAUGUCAUAUUUAAUUAGUGUUACUGUUGAUGCAGAUCGAGCGGCCAUAUUGAAUUUUAAGCAUACGUAAGGUUAUAAGGAACCACCACUAAUUUUCUAACGCCAAUGUAAAAUGUACCUUUUACCCCUUGUUUGAUUAUGAAACACGGCUAAAACUCACGUGAUAUAAAGUCGGAGUAUGCCCGGUUAGUUUCGAACCCAUACGGGGGCCUUAGUCAUGAAUUAGAAUACAAAAACCAGCUCAUGACUAAGGGCCUCGUAUGGGUUCGAAACAAGUCGGGCAUACUCCGACCUUAACGUGAGUUUAAACCGUGUUUCAUAAUUAAUAUGAAUAACACUCAAUCAAAUCAAAUCAAAACUUAAAAUUCAUUUACACUUCAUCGGCCAUUGCACCAAGUGGAAUGUUAUUGAAUAAAUAAAAACAGGUAGUAAAGAAUUUGCAACUUUAAUUCGAGGUAGUUUAGGUUCAUUUUACUUUGACGUUUUAGUGGUUAUACUAUGCUAUUAAAUAUGGUUUUUAUUCCAAUUGCUAUAAAGUUGUAAAUAGUAUGCAAGCAUUAUUUCUUACAUCUUGCAUCUUUUAGAACAUUCGUAUGCAAUUAGUAUAAGAAAAAUAUUUUAUAGAUAAUAUUUAAUUGUCUAUUUGUCCAUAUUAUGCUCAAUUUAGCCGCUAGUUCUGCGUUAACCAUUACAGUUAAUCUGUUAAAAUUUUAUCAUAUAUAAAUGUUCAUGUAUUUUAUUAAGAUGUAAACACAUUUAACACACGCGACUCGUCCCAACGAAGUAUAUCGGCUUCACGUUAUGUGUUUGUAGUGUGAUUCAGCAGAUAAUACGCGUCGCGUUUCGUUGAGCCGCGUGGCGUGUUUUGAGUGUGUCUUAGUUGUUAAGUCAUAAAUUUUAAAUCACAUUCUCGUUUCAAUUCUAGUCUUUAAUAUUUCUCUCAUUCAUAUUUUUUUUGUAAACGUAAUUUAAAAAAAAAUCAGUUUUAUUGAAAAAAAAACAAAGAACCAAACAUUUUUGUAUAUUUAUAAAAAAUUAAGAUUUUUCCACGGAAACAUUUUGGGUUGACGCUGUUGGGCUUUGCACACUUGCAACAAAAACAUUGAAAUUCAAUAUUUAUUAUAUUUAAAAAAAAAUGUAGAUAUAUAAAAUCUUCACAAUUUUUGCAAGAAAAGGGCUCACUUGCGAUAAUUCUUGUUGAUUUUGUAUAUAGUUUCACUGCAAUGAUAUCCGAAUCUAGUUAUUUUGGGUGUCGUUUCACUGAAAGUCAGGAUCGAACUCUGGUCAUUAUCACGGAUAAACUCCCAGCGUGGAAAGCCUAACGACAAAUACCUAAAAUAUCUCCGUUGUCAUUACUCUGCAUUCUGAGUUUGAAUAAUUAAAAAAAAAACUAAAAGAAAUCGUGAAAAUUCAACCAUUUUUUAAAAUAUAUGAUAUAUAAAAAAUUAAUAAAAUAUAAAAAAAUCAUCAUUUCUUUCGUGUUUUUAAGUGUUAACUAGAAUAUUAAAGAGACUAUUAUAGGUAUCUUAUAAGAAAGUUUAAAAAUAUGUGUUUUAGUCAUUUAGUAUUCUAUAUAAUAUUAUAAGUAUAAUCUCAUAAAUAAUGAAUAAAACCAAAGUUAAACUGCAAGUUUGCGGUGUAAAUGUGGUUGUUUAACUGUAUAAAUCAUAUAAAAAAACA